UGGUAAAAAUCUUUAAAAAUUUUUAUUUAAAUUUAAAGUUUCACUUAAAUAAGAUUCAUUAAAACAUUCUAUGAGAUAGUAACCGGGCUAUACUAUCGCAGAUGCUACAGAAGCUGCUAUGAGGUCAUCGUUAUCGAUCUUGGAUGAAAAUGACCUUAAUAAAACAACCAAGAAGGUUAAAAAGCAGAGGAUAAAUAACUAUAGUCAUUUGUUGCAUAACAUUUUGGUCAAAGACGAAUAUACAUGUGUGGGAACAUAAAAUUAUAAUACUCUAUUUUUACUGUAUAAUUCCUAUGUUUAGAUACACAAAUACUUACUAUUAUAUUACAAGUGCCUACAAUAUUCAGUACAGUAACAUGCUGUUCAGGUUUGUAGCCUAGGAGCAACAUGAUACACUAUUUAGUUUAAUUGUGUAGUAGGCUAUUGCAGCUAGGUUUGAUAGAUGUACUAUAUGGUGUUUCCAUAAUGACAAAAUCCCUGUUAUUAAGUGAUAGGUGACUGUACUAAGUUGUAUGGUAUAUAUCAUAAGGGCUAUACAGAAAUUCAGAGGACUGUCAAAAUGGCAAAGUAAUUAAGGAAGGAGGUAAAGUAAUUAAGAUGGGAGGAGGCAGUUUGCCAAUUAAUAUUAAUAUAUAUGUGACCAUGGGGAUGUUAACUUCUCUGUGCUUGCUGUGUCUUUGUUUAUGAAAUGUAAUGUAUUUAAAAUGCAUAGUACAAUCUACAUGAACUGAGUUUUAAAGAAUGGUCAGGUGGUUAUGAGUGAAAAACGAUUCAGGUGGCAGGACUAAUAAAAGCUAGAGAUGAGGAUGCUUUGAGUCGUAGAGAUACAAAUCUUUAAAAAAUUUUGGCAUACACGAAAAGAAAAAGAAGUUCACAUGUAAUUUUAAAAUUUUAUAUAAACUUAUAUAAUAGCAACCUUCCUUUCUCCUCAUGCAUGGAAAAGUAACUUUCAUUCAGUAUUCACUGCUUCUCUUCAUCUUGGCUCAGGUUAUAAUGGAAAAUAGUUAAUACUUCAACAGUGCAAAGAUUCUUUGGAAAAGAAACAGAACACUGCCAAUAACUCAGAGUCGCAAAGUCAAGUACAGCACACUUGUACUUGGUAUAGUAUAGCCCGGUUUACUUGUUUACAAAGACGAUACAUCAAUAGAUUGAUUUAACCUCACAAACACAAAAAGAGCGUUUAUUAAGACAAAGAGGAAAGAGAGAAAAAUAAUUGCUCUCCAUUGUGUGAGUCUUGCUGGCAUGUUUUGUAUGAAAUAACUGAUUAGCUGGCAGGCAGUAAAGAGUUCAUUCUUGACACAUUGUCCUUGGGUAGGCUGAUUAGGCAAGGCAGUCUGUUUAUCUGUAUUGUCUGCCAGUGACCUUUCAUCAGUACUUUAUUCUUAGUUGAACCAGAACUAUAUUACUUUCCUCAUGAGAAGUCUCAGGAUGCUGCAUUUCUCUAAAUCCUUUUUUCUCUAAAUCUGUACUUCCUAGCCUGUAUUUGAAAGUCAUCAUAAUCUGGGGUGCUCAAAAUGGAGUUUCUUUUACCAAGAGUUAUAAUCAUAACUGUUUAUUCAAAUAUAAAUUUAAGACAUUAUGCGCAAAAUUUAACUUUCCCUUUGGUCUUGUAUUUUUCUAAGGAUUAACACCAUUAUUUUCACACUCCAACAAACUAAUAUAUAGUAGUGAUAAUCACUAUCAAAUGAGUUGUAAGAGCUAACUGACUCGAAUAGACAAUAACUAACCUUACUUUCAGAGUAAAUAUUUUAAGAUACAAUAGCAUAGAUGCCUUCACAUAGCUGAUUAUUGCUCCUGUGCUGCAGCGAAUUACCACAUAAACACAUUUUGCCAAAAAUUUGCUGGCUUCAUGCCCAUAAGCAUUAUGAAGCAGGAACCACUUUUAGAUUAAGACUGUGACCUGAGGAAAAGAAUGUAUAAUGGGCAUUCGUUUAGAAAUUAAAAUCUCCUGAGAUAGUAUUUCUUUCGGUAACGCUUAAAAGCCUAAAUUUGGGCUCCUGUGCCAGUCACGUCUACAUAAGGAAAAACAUUUUAUUACUCUUAGUUAAAGGAGGAAAUACCGUCCGCUUGUUUUGUUGAUGUUGGCCAAAUUAUAUAAACUUUAAAAUCUGUAAGACAAAUCGAAAUAUUCCUUUAUUAUGUCUUGUUAGGAUGAGAGAAGUUUUCCUUUCAGCUGCUCGUUAAUUAAAAAAAAAAACAAACAAACACUAAACACAACAACACUUCUCUUUAAAAAUCAAACUCUGCUUAUCUAAAUUCUUUGGUAAUAGCCAUGAAUCCAUACCUUAAAUAAGGAAGGCCUGUGAGUUCGUGAAUGCACUUUCCUACUCAUGAAUAGCCCUAUGAACCGACUUGAAUAAACAAUAACUAACCCUUCUUAUUUUAGUAAAUAUUUUCAGAAACAAUAGCUUAGGUGCCUUAGAAAUUCAUUCAGAGGCUUAGAAAUCCACAUUAACACAGUUCUCACAUGUUUGAGUCUGGUCUACAUCCAUUUACGGAAGUAAAGCUCCCCUUCCAGACUGAUGAAAUUCUUUCCGUGACAAGAAGACAAAGGAAUACGAUGGAUUGAUAAGCGCAGUCACUGGCGCAGAGUUCUCGCGCGAUGUUAGGACGCUACCGCCCUGACAUCACCGGUUACCAUGGUAGCACCGCGGAGAGUAAAAGACCGGAGGCGCUAGACGUUUCCGGCAGAGCGCAGCCGCUGCGGAGAACGAGAGACGUUCCUUCUCCCGCUAGUCUGACUACUACCAAAAUGAGCGGCCUGGAUGGAGGCAACAAGCUCCCUCUUGUCCAAACCGGUGGCCUGUCUGCCCCAGACCAUAUCCCAGGAGAUCCGGACCUAGACCAGUGCCAGGGGCUCCAUGAAGAAACCGAGGCGACACAGGUGAUGGCGGGUGGGGGCAGCUUAGAGACCGCUGCGGAGGGAGGUGCACCACGGGAUCCGGGGGACUGUGGCCCCCUCCUCCGCUUCCCAGUUGCCGGGAGUCGCGGCGGUGCAGCGACCAAAGCCGGGCAGGAGGAUGCACCACCUUCUACGAAAGGUCUGGAAGCAACCUCUGCCUCCGUGGCUGCUGACAACAGCCAGAAAAAUGGCUGUCAGCUUGGAGAGCCCCGUGGCCCUGCUGGGCAGAAGGCUCUAGAAGCCUGUGGCACAGGGCGGUUGGGGUCUCGGAUGAUACCGGGGAAGAAGGCCAAGGAAGUGACGACUAAAAAGAGCGCCAUCUCAGCAGCAUUGGAAAAGGAGGGAGAAGCAGGGGCCGUGAUGGAGGAAAAGAAGGCGGUGCAGAAGGAAAAAAGGGUGGCAGGAGGGGUGAAAGAGGAGACACGGCCCAGGGCCCCUAAGAUCAAUAACUGCAUGGACUCGCUGGAGGCCAUCGAUCAAGAGUUGUCAAACGUAAAUGCCCAGGCUGACAGGGCCUUCCUUCAGCUUGAGCGCAAGUUUGGCCGCAUGCGAAGGCUCCACAUGCAGCGCAGAAGUUUCAUUAUCCAAAAUAUCCCAGGUUUCUGGGUCACUGCCUUUCGAAACCACCCCCAGCUGUCACCUAUGAUCAGUGGCCAAGAUGAAGACAUGCUGAGGUACAUGAUCAAUUUAGAGGUGGAGGAGCUUAAACACCCCAGAGCAGGCUGCAAAUUCAAGUUCAUUUUUCAGAGCAAUCCCUACUUCCGAAAUGAGGGGCUCGUCAAGGAAUAUGAGCGUAGAUCCUCUGGCCGGGUGGUGUCUCUUUCCACUCCAAUCCGCUGGCACCGAGGCCAAGACCCCCAGGCUCAUAUCCACAGAAACCGGGAAGGGAACACCAUCCCUAGUUUCUUCAACUGGUUCUCAGACCACAGCCUUCUAGAAUUCGACAGAAUUGCAGAGAUUAUCAAAGGAGAAAUAUGGCCCAAUCCCCUACAAUACUACCUGAUGGGUGAAGGGCCCCGCAGAGUAAUUCGAGGCCCACCAAGGCAGCCAGUGGAGAGCUCCAGAUCCUUCAGGUUCCAGUCUGGCUAAUUUCCUGUGAGAAGGUUCUGCACAAGCUUCCUUACCACCUCCUCUUGGACCUAUGCUUGGCCAACAGCAUGCAGUCUUCCUUCUGCUUUCUCUUCAUACUGUGGAUUAUCUUUUCCUUUGGUUCUUCUGAAUCUUCAGUAAUCAGUUGCAAGAUUGUUGGCUUACCUGCCUAUGCUAUUCUUCCUCUGGGCCUUCAUGCUUUUCUGCAAUGUGUUAACAUGUUUCAAGUGCAUGGCCUUCUAUGGCUUCGAUGCCAAGCAUAUGAUAUUAUAGAUACACUGUACCAUACUGCCUUUCUUUGCAUGGCUUGGACCCUGUCUGUGACCAUGGUCUUCUAUUUAAGUGGUUGUGUACCACAAAGAAUCUUGAUACAUCUUCAUGAAUAACUGACUGGGCUUCAUACUUCAUGCUGGCUAUGUACCUGAUGCCCAUGUACUUAUGGUAAGCUCUUUUGGUUUUACCACUGCAAGAUGAAACUGAUAUCUUAACCUAGCCAUCAACCCACAUUGGACAUUCCAGAUUACCACCAACUGGAUUCCAGCUGCCUUCCUGGACUUGUGCCAUCCACCCUACUGGUUAUCUGGUAGAACAAGCUGGUGGCUGGUGGGUGACUGCUAGGCAUGAAUGAGGUAAUAGAUGAAAAGUGUUCUAUGUUACCACGUUGGUUUUCCUAUACCUUUGGUUACUCCACAUCAUGACCAGUUACUGGUGAGUAUGAAGCCCACCCCUACUUGAUGUCACCUCCUGGUUGAACUUUGCUCUGGCCAUUAUUGUCUGCUUCAUCAGGAACUAUCUGUAGACUUAGUUCCCAGGGAGCACACAGGAACACCCCCUACCACCAGGAUGGACAGUCAUAUGCGAGAGUGUCCAUAGCAAGGCUGGAACACAGUCUCCUCCGGCUUCGUCUUUCUGACUUCUAGCCAACAAACCACCCUUAAUCUGAGCAGCUUUCUUCUAGCCAACAAACCACCCUUAAUCUGAGCAGCUUCUUUAGGCAUUCCCUCUCUUCCCCACCUGCACCCACUCUGAACAUGACAAAGUUGUCAGUUGGGGCACUGAGGAAGAGAUAUUUCUGGAAUGUGAGAAUUGUUAUGCCUCUCUGUCUCUUUCUCUCUAUCCCCCUCUUCCUCUCCUUCCUAUCCCUUCUUCCCUUUUACUCUGAAGCAGUUUCAGCUGCUUAUUAACGGAAAACAAAACUGGCAAAGCAGGCUUUUGUUUAAUUUGCUCUCUUCUUGAUUGUGUUCAGAGAGAAAAAGGUAUGAUUAAAUGGACUCCGGAUUUCUUACUGCCCUCAUUCCUCCACCCCACGUCCUUUAGCAAGGUCUGAAAGUUUCAAAGGGAGCCAUAUAGGUUGUUUAGUUAUAGGCAGUGUUCUUUUAGGCGGAUUUUGACAUCCUUAUCUCUUUACACCAUCCAUUCUACCAAAACCUGUGUAUUUCUUGAACUUUUAGUUUGAGAAGCUGGGGAGAGAGAGAAAGGCCUCACAGUGAUGGGUUUAAGAUAGGUCCUGAACAGGAUUUAAGUGAAGGCAACCAAAACUUAGUUUCACUCCACUUUUCUAAAGUUGGAAAUUCUUUUUUGGGCCUUGGACUGCUUGGAAAUGACCCCAGGGUAGCAUUUUGUAGGUCAGCCUUCUCCUUUGUACUACUUUGUUACUGCCCUGAUGUCCCGUGGGUCUCCAUCCUACUGCCUGGCUUUUAUGGCCCUCAUUUCUCAGCUUCUGCAUUUCCUUCCCUGCUCGUAACAAAUGAAGAAGCAGGCUGCAGCCUGCAUUGUGGAAAGUCCUCAGCCUUCUUGUAUAGGAUAAGGGAAUGUGUAGCAUCUGUGUGGAUUUUCAGGGACAAGUUCUAGUAGGUGAGACAGUGAUGCUGUCAGGGCUGUCUUAGUUAUGAGGAUGUGUGGUGGUAAGGACCAUCCACCAUCACCUUUUUCCCCUUUGGUUUUGAAAGCCUUGCCCUAAGCUCCCUGAGGGUUUAGGAGGUCUGAACACACACAGUGGAAAGGUUAGUCUAGUUUGGGAAACUGAGUAAAAGUCCAGAAGCAGAUAUGAGCCUGCUGUGAAGUGGGUUUGGAAAGGCCCACAGGAAAGACCCUGCAGGAUCAGGGGUGGGAGGGGAGGCCCCUGAGGUGCUCUCCAGGGAAGAGGGGCUGGGGUUUAAAUAGUAUGCUUGGAAGAGGGUUUUCCUCCAAUUUUUCAUAAGUCCUUGAAUUCACAAGUAGAUUUUUGUAAACAGAAAUGUAACUCUGUAUGUUUUCUCUCAAUUAUCCUAUGAGUGACCUUUAUAUGUGCGGAAGAUUAAUGGUAUAUGCUCCUUAUGUCAUUGUUUUUGAGUAAAAUCUAUUUCCUUUCUCCAUUUCAGCCUAUGACAAAAUUGAUGUUUACAGGCCUGCUUUUUGCUUGUAAUUGACAACAAGUGCAAAAUACCAAAUUUGUGUCCUGUGCAGUAUAAAGACUUCAGUGAAUAUUCGUUAAUAUAUUAGCUUGUUCUGCUCUCUGUUCAUAUAUGGCUCUAUUCUUAGAAAUAUAAUUUGAAUGUGAUCUUUGAAUAGUCUGAAUAUUUUAUAAAUUGUUGUUAUGUCUUGUGAAAGUAACCUCAAAAAGAAAAAUAUAACUCUGUCGUCUUGAUAUUUCUUGCCCUAGUAAUGUACUUGACCUUUAUGUUCCUAAGCAGUGUAAGUACUAGUAGAAUUUCUCUGUCAAACUCAAUGAUGAUCAUUAGUACUUUUGUCUUCUCACAUGUGCUUGAAGGAAAAAUAAAAUGUCAUUACUGUAUUUCUUGUUUUCACCAAAAAAUAAAAAAUAAAUAAAAAAUUC